GUGAAGGAAGCGGAGAUCACCGAACAGGACUCCCUUCUUCUGACAAGGAACUUGCUUCGUAUUGCCAUAUUUAAUAUUAGUUACAUAAGAGGCCUUUUUCCGGAGAAGUACUUCAAUGAUAAGUCUGUUCCUGCUUUAGAGAUGAAGAUCAAGAAGCUGAUGCCGAUGGAUACUGAGUCACGUAGACUGAUUGAUUGGAUGGAGAAAGGUGUUUAUGAUGCACUGCAGAAAAAGUAUCUGAGAACACUUCUGUUCUGUGUAUGUGAAUCAGUUGAAGGGCCAAUGAUUGAAGAAUAUGCAUUUUCGUUUAGUUACUCUGGAUCUGAUAGCCAAGAGGUUUCAAUGAAUAUCAAUCGCACUGGAAACAAGAAAAAGGGAGGAACAUUUAAAUGUAACUCUACAACUGAAAUUACCCCUAAUCAGAUGAGGAGUUCUGCUUGUAAGAUGGUCCGUACACUGGUUCAGCUCAUGAGAACUCUGGACAAGAUGCCUGAAGAGCGUACUAUAUUGAUGAAGCUGCUCUACUAUGAGGAUGCGACGCCAGUGGAUUACGAACCUCCAUUCUUCAGAAGCUGCACAGAAGAAGAAGCUCGUCAUCCAUGGAACAAAAGUCCUUUGAAAAUGGAGGUUGGGAAUGUCAACAGCAAACAUUUUGUGUUAGCUCUCAAGGUAAAAAGCGUGCUUGAUCCUUGUGAGGAUGAAAAUGAUGAUAUGCAAGAUGAUGAAGUGAGCUUAGGAGGCGAUUCUUUAGAAAGGGAGGAGUCUUCUGAUUCUGACAGUGAGGAUAAUUUAUCACAAAGGGAUCAAUACAUGGUAGCGCCAAUCGAUAAGCAACAGCCAGAGGAAGAUAAUGGCAUGGCUGAUGAAGAUAAUACUCAGGACCCGGAGGAAGAUGAACAACAAUUGGCCAGGGUGACGGACUGGAUCAAGGGCCGUCACCUUGAUACUGUAGAACUUACUGAUGUUCUCUCGAAUUUCCCAGAUAUUUCAGUGGCUUUGACUGAAGAAAUAAUGGACAAGCUUGUGAAAGAAGGUGUUUUAUCGAAAAGUGGGACGGAUACAUACACGAUAAACAAGCAAGAGCAGAAAUUUGACCAUGAAUUUAAUGUUGUGAAAGAAGAAAUGGAUGGCGUCUCAAUUAAUGAAAAAUCUCCCAGUGUAGAAGAUCGCUUAUACAUGAAGGCUUUGUAUCAUGCUCUUCCAAUGAACUACAUAACAGUCACAAAGCUUCAGAACAAGCUAGAUGGAGAAGCCAAUCAAUCUACCGUGCGCAAACUAGUUGAUAAAAUGAUCCGAGAUGGUUAUGUUGUAGCCAAAGGGAACCGUAGGCUAGGCAAGCGUGUAAUCCAUUCCAAUCUGACUGAGAGAAAGCUAAUGGAAGUCAAGAAAGCACUGGAUAUUGAUUUUAUGAACAUGGAUACUGUUGAGCCACAUAACAAGUCCAACCAUCAAGAAUUCCAGAAAAUGGGAAGCAAACACAUUGACACGUCCACAUGUGGUGCCCUUCACUCUAUUGGAUCAGAUCUCACACGCACAAGGGGAAGAACUGAAAUUCAACAAAAUGGUUCAAUCAGGAGUGAGCAGACUAUCUCAAAAGGAAGGGAGCUUGCCCUUGGUAACACUCCCACAAGCAGAGCUGAGCCUGUAGCGUCAAGGGAGAGUUUUGCACUAGGAAAUGAGAACAUCAAAGCAAACGGAAGCACAAGUUGCUGUGAUGAGACAGACAAUGUUAUUGGUAGUAGAUCCUCCCAAGAUAAGAGAUGCAGAAAAACAAGCACGGUUAAAGAGCCUAUCCUUCAAUAUGUAAAGCGUCAGAAAUCUCAAGCAGUUCUCGUUUAAAAGGCUUAAGAGUGUGUGAUACUACUGGGCAACCUUUAUUCUGUUAUAUAACUUCCUAUUCUUGAAUAUGGACCAUAAAAUGGCAACUUCUUUUAGGCCAUAGUAGCAGAAAAAUAAAAUGUUAUAAGUUGGACACUUUACAUUGUUUCUUGGCAGUCUGAUUUCUGAUGUUGUUUUGAGGAAUGCUGAAUAUAAAAAUGAUUUCCCAUGAAG